CCGGAGCACGUCUCUCCUCCAGCCCGCUCACAGAGGCAGGUGAACGGCUGCAGCGCUCCCUCUGCAACGGGACGACCCUUCUCCAGCGCUGGAUCUUUUUCAUAACUGUAUUUAUCCGAAACAGAACGCGACAAAAUGCUGUGGACAGCGGGAAAAAUCGUCAGGAAAUUCUCUACCACGUCUUCGUAUUUGCAGAACAAGCUCAAACUGGCCAUCAUUGGACAGAGCCUGUUUGGCCAGGAGGUCUACACCAACCUCAGGAAGCAGGGUCACAAAGUAGUUGGUGUGUUCACAGUCCCUGAUAAGGAUGGGAAGGCAGAUCCUCUCGCGGUGGCGGCAGAGAAAGACGGCACUCCAGUGUUUAAGUUCCCGCGGUGGAGGGUGAAAGGGCAACCCAUUGCUGAAGUGGUCGAUACCUACUGCUCUGUGGGGGCGGAACUAAACGUCAUGCCCUUCUGCUCCCAGUUUAUCCCCAUGAACGUUAUCGACCAUCCCAAACACGGAUCUAUCAUCUACCACCCCUCCCUGCUCCCUCUGCACCGCGGGGCAUCUGCCAUCAACUGGACCCUGAUCCAUGGGGACAAGAGGGCCGGUUUCAGUGUGUUCUGGGCAGAUGACGGGUUGGACACAGGGCCCAUUCUGCUGCAGAGGGAGUGUCCUGUGGAGCCCAAUGACACAGUGGACACGCUCUAUAACCGCUUCCUGUUUCCUGAGGGCAUCAAGGCCAUGGUGGAGUCGGUCCAGAUGAUCGCAGAUGGAAAAGCUCCUCGGAUCCCCCAGUCUGAAGAAGGAGCCAGUUAUGAAGGAAUCCAAAAAAAGUCCAACGCUAAGGUGAACUGGUGCCAGCCAGCAGAGGACAUCCAUAAUUGGAUCCGAGGACAUGACAAAGUCCCUGGGGCCUGGGCGCUCAUACAUGGGCAGGCUGUGACGCUGUACGGCUCGUCCAUGCUCGGAGGCUCAGUCCCUCCUGGAGAACCUCUGCCAAUCGAAGGAGCAUCUCAGCCUGGAAUUGUGUCCAAGAACGGACUGGUGCUUUUCGGCUCUGAUGGUAACGCUCUACUGGUGAAGAACCUACAGUUUGAGGAUGGGAAGAUGAUUCCUGCCUCCAAGUACUUUACGUCAGGAGAGAGCGCAAGUGUGGAGCUGACAGACGAUGAGAAGAAGACAGCCGAACAAAUCAGACUCAUCUGGAAGGGCAUCCUGAGUAAUGUGGCUGCUAUUGAAGACAGCACAGACUUCUUCAAAUCUGGAGCGGCUUCGAUGGACGUAGUCAGAUUGGUGGAGGAGGUGAAGCAGUGCUGCCCCUCAGUCUUACUACAAAAUGAGGAUGUCUACAUGGCCUCCACCUUCCACGACUUCAUCCAGAUGUUUGUGAGGAAAAUGAGAGGAGAGGAACAAGAAGAGGAGCUGAUUGUGGACUACGUCACCAAAGAAGUAAACAACAUGACAGUGAAGAUGCCCUACCAGUGUUUCAUCAACGGGAAGUUUGAGGACGCCGAAAAUGCUAAGACGUACGCCACUGUAAACCCCAGCGACGGAUCAGUGAUCUGUCAAGUGUCGUAUUGCUCAGUGGGGGACGUGGACAGGGCUGUGGCUGCUGCUAAAGAGGCCUAUGAGGAAGGACCCUGGGGCCGCAUGAACCCCCGCGACAGGGGCUCUCUUCUCUACAGACUGGCAGACCUGAUGGAGGAAUGCCAGGAGGAGCUGGCCACCAUAGAGGCUCUGGACUCUGGGGCAGUGUACACUCUUGCCCUGAAGACUCACGUGGGCAUGUCCAUUCAGACCUUCAGAUAUUUCGCUGGAUGGUGCGACAAGAUCCAGGGCAAGACGAUUCCAAUCAACCAGGCCAGACCCAACCGCAACUUGACAUUCACCAAGAAGGAGCCUCUGGGUGUGUGUGCGAUCGUGAUCCCGUGGAACUACCCUCUGAUGAUGCUGGCCUGGAAGAGCGCCGCCUGCCUUGCUGCUGGGAACACGCUGGUGCUCAAACCUGCUCAGGUGACUCCUCUGACGGCACUGAAGUUUGCAGAGCUGUCUGUCAAAGCUGGAAUCCCGAAAGGAGUCAUCAACAUCUUACCUGGAUCUGGUGGUAUGGUGGGGCAGAGAUUGUCCGAUCACCCAGACGUACGCAAACUUGGAUUCACUGGCUCCACUCCCAUUGGCAAACAGAUCAUGAAGAGCUGUGCUCUGAGUAACCUGAAGAAGGUCUCCCUGGAGCUGGGAGGGAAGUCUCCUUUGAUCAUCUUCAGUGACUGUGACAUGGACAAAGCCGUGAGGAUGGGCAUGAGCUCGGUGUAUUUUAACAAAGGGGAGAACUGCAUCGCUGCUGGACGUCUGUUUGUGGAGGAGUCCAUUCAUGACGAGUUCAUCAGCAAAGUGGUGGAGGAGAUAAAGAAGAUGAAGAUCGGGGACCCUCUGGACCGAUCGACAGCCCAUGGCCCCCAGAACCACAAGGCUCAUCUGGACAAACUCCUGGAGUACUGUGACAUCGGGGUGAAAGAGGGGGCUACGCUGGUGUAUGGAGGAAAACAGGUGGACAGGCCAGGCUUCUUCAUGGAGCCCACGGUGUUCACAGAUGUGGAGGAUCACAUGUUCAUCGCCAAAGAGGAGUCCUUUGGUCCUGUCAUGGUCGUGUCAAAGUUUAAGAAUGGAGAUGUGGACGGCGUGCUGCACAGAGCCAACGACACGGAGUACGGUCUAGCCUCUGGAGUCUUCACACGGGAUAUAAACAAAGCCAUGUAUGUGAGCGAGCGUCUGGAGGCGGGGACAGUCUUCGUGAACACGUACAACAAAACUGAUGUAGCAUCACCUUUCGGAGGAUUCAAACAAUCGGGGUUCGGCAAAGAUCUAGGUGAGGAUGCUCUUUCUGAAUACCUCAAGACCAAAGCCGUAACAGUGGAGUAUUAGCCUGGCUGCUGUUAUAAACUUUUACACAGACUUAAGGUGGUGGCUACUCGUGUUGCCAUGGUAACUGAUGUGUUUUGGAUGAGGAAAUGCCCACUGUGCCAAACUCUGUGCUCAUCUCUGCUUCUCUCCGGACUGAGGACUGCAGCUAAAAAACGCCUGCAAACACCCUAUACAUGGAUUUCAGCUUCCUGUUCAUAAGGUGCCAUUUUGAGGACGGCUGACCAUUCAAAAGAUAUACAAUUUAAUUUUUAAUUGGUAAUUGGCCCUGUACCAUUUUUUCCCCAUGUAACUGAACAAAAUAUGUUUUGUCCCAAUUAUUAGGAUGCUCUGAAAGCAUAAGAUAAGUGAGGAAUAACUUUACACUACUGCAACCCAUUUAAAAUUAACUAGUUAUGUUGUUCAUAUUUUUAGUACAGAAAAAAUCAGGUACAGAGAUUUUAGUUAUGACAACAGUCUAAAUUUUGCAUCAUUCUGAAACCCAUGCAUAAAAAUAACUUUAUUAAGAAUAUUAAUCUUGUUUUGAGUAACUUGAGUCUAUUGUGCUAUUAUCUAUUGUAAAAUUAUACUCAUAAAUGUACUAGUCUUAAAGCGCCCAUAUUACACUAUUCUCUGAUCUAUGUUCUAGUGUUGUUUCCUCAUCACACACAUACAUAGAGUUGUGUUUUGUUUCAUUCACACAUGUUCUUCGCUCAAACUGAAAACACUCUUCUCCACCUUGUGAUGUCAUAUGGUAAUCCAGGAAGUGCUCCACUAUGUUUUUAAACUCCAUACACCUUCACUAGAAUCAUUUGGAUAAUUUCAGCCCUGGAAUUGCCAAUCUCUACUAAACAAAAGGUAAAAGGUAGCUGUAAACUACCACUUCAUGACUUCAUCACAAUGCAGAACAGAGCAUUUUUAGCUUUAAUAUAUAGACUGACUAAUAAUAAAGAGUUACUCAAACAUGUGGGAAUGAAACAAAACACAACUCCUGGUAUGUUUUUGAGAAGGUAACAUUAUAACAUGGAUCUAUUUUGCGUAAUAUGGGACCUUUAAAGCAAAAAUAAUAAUUUCACAAAUUCAACCAUUUAACAGUUAUAAUCAAUUAUAAUCCCCAUUCUUAAGUUUCUGAUUCCUGUUUCUAAUACAAUAUUUUGAGGACUUUUUCCCCAUUCAAAAAAGAUAUUAUUUGGUUUUAAGUUAUCAUGUCAACGGUCCUAAUACUUCAUUGCUAUGAAACCCGUGGAUAGGCUAUAGGAUGCAGUUUUUUAUAUUUUGCUCAGUUGAAGGUAGUAGUCUUAAAUACAUUUUAUUAAUCAGAAUAACUCAAUGCAAGAUUAAUAUUCAAAAUGUAAGUGAUGUUUACUGCAUUUUUGUAAAAGCUGUGCCAUACACCUUUGAAAUGACUUUUGCUAGGCUGAAAGUAUAUAUAAAGCUGUAUUAUGUAACUUUUAUGGUAGAGGAUUGGCUUGUCUCCAUGGAGAUAUUAUUGGUCUACCAAGUACAUCAUGAAACUUAUCUAUCUCCAUGGAGACAAGCAGUUAGUAAGUUAGAUAGUUACAGGUGAGAUUCGUGGAGAGGUGACCACACUCACCACAAUAGUUUUUCCAAGGUAUUUUUGACCACUGCAAGAUGUAUAUGUUAAAUGCCAUACUGUGGAAUAUUUCAGGGAAAGCAGUGAUAUCUCCAUGGAAACAAGCAGGUGAUUGAUCCUCCACCUGAAAUGUUACAUAAUGCAGCUUUGUUCUAAAUCCAAGAUGGAAAUAUAUUUUAUGUUUUAAGAAGGAGUAUUUGAACAAUGUUCACUUCAGUCUUAAAGAAAAGCUCUUUUAUGAGGAUGCCAUGUUUAAGGAGGGUGCAUUCUUCACAAAAGGAAGAAAUCAUCUUAUUUAUAUUGAGUUAAAGCAACACUAACUCCAUUGGAGCUCAGCAUUAAAGGAAAUGUGUGUAAGAAUAUUAUUUUAAACAUCAUAAACGUGACUUCUCUGUGACACCAGAUACGAGGUAAACAUAUUGACAUCAAAUAUAACUUUUACUGAUUACAAGAGUAAUACUGAUUUAUUCUUAAUGACGAAAACAUGCUGGACAAGCUGUGUAUGUUUUAAUGUGGUGUUUUGGAUUAUCCAAUCAGAAAACAGACUGAGCCUCACAUGGUUCUUGGGUUGCCAGUUUCAAUGCUGAAAUUCAGUUGGUUUAAACCUAAAAGGACUCUGUCUGAUCUGGUCAUGACCUAAACCCUAACACCUGCAGGCAAUCAUGGAUCAGUGCUAGUGCAGCCUCUGCAGUUCAGUGAGUGAAUUCUGGAGGUUCUGAGCUUUCACAUGAGGCCUGUCCAUAUACUCAGAAUGAGACACUUGUGCAGGUUAAGCCUCUGGACACAGGCUCAGAUGGGAUCAAGGUUACAGUAAGUUCAGGCCACAUACAGCUCCAAAAAAUGUUUGUUGUAAUAUUUUUACAUUCAAAGUAGAUUUAAGUAGGUUGUAAUGAAAUUAAAGAUUUGUAGACUACUCCAAAGCAUUUAAGACUAACAAUCACUCAUUUGUUUUAUUCACAAAAAGUCUUAAAGCGUAGGUUGGACUUUUCUAUGCUUCUGUGGUGUGAUUCUCUGGACAGAAAUAAUAAAAAAUCUAUUUUAGAUUAUACUGAAAUGAUUAUUUUACAUUUUAAACCAAAAAAAAUCCAAUAGUCUAUAAUUCAUUGUAAUAUUUUUUGUUGGUUUUAAAGCAGACCUAUUGUGCUUGUGUGUGCUCUAUACUUUGUUAAGGCUCACACAUCCUACUUUAGAUUAAAUGGACUGAUUCUGGGAUUCUCAGUGACCAUGGUAUAACUGCUGUAUAUUAAUUCUGCAUAAUGCACAAGUAGUCCGGCACUGGUUAAAUCACAUUCUAUAUUACUGCUCUGGGCCAUCACCAUUACCAUAGCAACAGGUAAAUAAAGGCUCAACUGCUCUGGGUAGAAUGGGGGACUGGGGACUAGGGACUGGUAGGCCUUUUAAGAUAACAAAUUUGGAAGUUUGAUAUAUUGCUAUAUAUGCCACAGUAACCCAUGAGCAGUUUUAAACAGCAAAAACUAUUCUAAAUCUACAAUACUGUAAAAAAAAAAAUUAAAUUAAAAAAUAAAUAAAUCAUGAGCUGCAAUAAAUAAAUAGCAGAAUGAAAUACUUUAGUGCUUAGUUUGCAUUUGUAAUGAGUCAUAGAAGUGAUUGGAAUUAAAACUUUUAUGGCUUAAGUCUUAUCAUAUAGCCAAACAAAAUAACCAAAAAUGUCCCAGAAGUGCAA